CAAGUUUUUUUGUUUUCACGAUGUAUUCUAAAGUUUCGUACCAUUCGUGAACAGCUGGGGGUUUCCUUUUUCUCUCAUCUUUAUGUGUAGACACAAAGGAAAACAAAAGUCUUAGAGAAGGAAAGAAAAAUACUUGAAAAGGAAAAGAAACAUGUUUCAGUUUUGUGAGUAGUAUUGUGUCUGUGUAGCCGCGCAGUUAAACACUGCCUGCGGCGGUCCUCGAAAAUGAGUGUCAUAGCUGUAAAUAUGAAUUGGACGACAUCGUCAGCUCCAACAUUGUUGUAUUCGAGUGAAGAAGAAUUGAACGCCACGUUAUUAUACAUCAAUUCUUCGUCCACAAUCAGCACUUAUUUCAACAGCUCUGACGUAGUAGCCACCAAUGCACUUGAUUCGUUGAUGAAUGUCCUCAUUGCCAUGGUGUUGGUCAUCCUUAUUCUCACCACUGCCAUUGGUAAUGUGUUUGUCAUUGCGGUCAUUUUGCUGGAGAGACAUUUGCAAUCAGUGGCCAACUAUUUGAUCCUAUCGUUGGCGGUGGCUGAUCUUUUAGUCGCCUGUCUCGUCAUGCCACUCGGCGCCGUCUAUCAAGUGACGGGCAAAUGGCUCCUGGGACCGGAAUUGUGCGACAUGUGGACCUCGUCCGACGUGCUCUGCUGCACAGCUUCCAUCUUGCACCUGGUCGCCAUAGCUACAGACAGGUACUGGGCUGUGACGAGUAUCGACUACAUCCAACAGCGAACGAUCGGCCGGAUUACUAUCAUGAUUGCUACAGUGUGGCUAGUUUCAUUACUCGUCUCCUGUUUCCCGCUUUUCGGAUGGAAGGACGAUGAUUGGCACAAACGGAUCGAAUACCAACAGUGUCUCAUCAGCCAAGAUGUUGGCUAUCAGGUCUUUGCAACGCUGUCGACAUUUUAUUUGCCGCUGGCAAUCAUAUUGUUCCUUUAUUGGAGAAUUUUCUUGACGGCUAAGAAGCGGAUUAGGAGACGGAAAGAGCCGAGGCAAAACAAUGGUGCUUCCUCCUCAGCGGCCUCUGGUGGUCUACGUUUGAGCAUGAGAGGCGCUGUGUCGUCGGCAGCUCCGACAAUAUCGACGACAAACAGCACGGGAAUUUCGUUCGUCUCGACCGGAACGACCUGCACUGCCAUGACAGCUGCUGUCGGCGUUUUAAAUCUGGGCAGGCCAUCCGUCGAUGUGGAGAAUGUCUACGUCGUCGACGAGCAAACAGUAGACACACCUCCAACACCGCCGGCUAAAUUAACUCGACGGAUUACAUCGGUGGCCGCGUCGACAGCGGCUUCCAACAACAAUAGACGUCGCAAUAUGGAAUCUAAACGAGAACGUAAAGCGGCUAAAACAUUGGCCAUCAUCACGGGGGCUUUCGUCAUUUGCUGGCUGCCGUUCUUCGUCAUUGCGCUAUUGAUGCCCGUCUGCCAGUCGCCUCAUUGUUACUACGACGACAACAUGGUGGCCUUCUUCCUCUGGCUCGGCUACUUCAAUUCGACCCUCAAUCCGAUUCUCUACACCAUCUUCAGUCCAGAGUUCCGUAACGCCUUCCAGAAACUUCUGCGGAUUAGGACACCGCGUCAGCUUGCUACCGUCUCACAUUCCGGAGGCGGAAUGGCCGCCAGUCGGGCUAAAGAAAUGAGCCGGCCUAAUGCCACCGUGUUAACUGGGGCGACGGGAGGCAACAACAACAAGUUCAACGAUCUGGAACGUCAAAGUAUCGCAGCCGUGUCCAACUAUUCCGGCUAGUUGUUUCCGCUUCCCCUCCCCUUUUUUGUUUUUAAUCGAGGGGAGGGGGAAAAAUAAAUGAAUAAAAGAUUUUUUGAUACUAUAUGACUUAAACCCUUUGACGUCAAUGUGACACGACCUGCAUAUUUGUACAUAGAGACUCCCCCAUUCCUGACGACGUGAUAACGUACAGACAUAAAAAACAUGUUGAUGUUUCAUAUCAGAUAUAUAAGAAGAUUAUUAUUAUUUCCAUUUUGUUUUGCCCUUCUUCUAUCUCUGUACAAUGUUGUGUAUA